CCAUCAAUUCAGACUGGCUGCACAAGACUCGUGGCAACCUUGGUUUUCAUUUUCUGCUUAUAAUGGAAACGUGGAGGACAAGUCAUGCUGUGGACCAUGCGGUCUUCGUUUGGUGUAUGACAAUGACAUCGAAGAGCUCAACCAAAUUUCCAACAACUUCAACGAAACUGAUCCUCAUCAAGAAGAUUUACACUCCCCUCCUUCCAUCAGGGUGGAAAAUAUGAUCAGUCCCGGUGUUGGCAAGGGUGUCUUAUCAGGUCAUGAUCCUUCAUCCUUAACAAAAUUGGAUUUAAGUAGCCGUAAUCUCACAGAUGAACCAUUUCCUGAAGAUUUUGGGUGCUUAGUUUCUCUAGAAGAUUUAAAUCUCAGCAAGAACCCUUUUAAUGUCCUACCUCCCAGUAUCAAAAAUCUAUCCAAGCUUAAAUAUCUUAAUCUGGAAUAUUGUACAAGCUUAAAAUGUCUGGGGCUAGAGCUUCCAUCUAGCCUGGAAACAACAUUGGUAAAUUAUUGUACCUCACUAAACUCAUUCUUGGAUCCAUUAAACCCAUGUCAUUUGCGGUGUUCAGCAUUUUGUGUGGACUCCUCUGAGUUGGUAAAGAGGCAAGACAGCUUUAACAACGCUGAAAAGAUAUCUUCAGGAGUCCCCAGAUGGAAGCUUAUGUUUUGACAUUGUUCUUCCUGGAAGUAAGAUCCCAGAAUGGUUUUCCCAUCUAGAUGGUGGGGGAUCGAUAAGGACAAAGUUAUUUCCAAAUUGGUGCACCAGUGAGUGGAUGGGUUUUGCUGUUUUUGUGUUGUUUCCGGCUAAACCUUCAUCCUAUGAUUUAUUUUGUCAUAUACAAGCCUUUGGUUAUGAUUUUGAAGCCACCCUGAAACAUUUUGCAAAUAUGGGAAGCUCAGAUGAUCACCACCUUUGGCUAUUCUAUCUGUCUCGUGAUUACUUCCCUAAAGAGUGGCUGCAGAAUAGAGCCGGCAUCAUUGAGUUUUCAUUUUCUUACCAAUUGUGUAAUUUCGUGUGUGGUGUUCGUUUGGUAUAUAAGAAAGAUACAAAAAAUUUACAUCAAUUUAUUACCAGCCAAUGAAUCUCGUUAUGGUGAUUGCUAAGACGUGCUUUCCUCACCCUCAGAGAGGUAAGAUAUAUAUGUACAUAUAUAUGUGUGUGUGUGUGUGCGCGUGCAUGCGUGUGUGUGCAUAGACAAUUUUUCAGAAUGUGU